UGUGCGUGAGGUAGCAAUGUUAAAGUCGCUCGUUUCGCCGCACUACCCAGCCGUGGAACCCCGUCAUCAACUGGUCCCGAGUCCGAGCCACUCUGCGGGCGUCGCCAGUCCAGUCUCCAUGGCCGACGCGUGGGGCAUGAACGAGCUGGGCGUGUGGUUCGACGAGUCCGAUAACGGCGUCUCCGGUGGGCCGCCGGUCCCAUGCCGGAUCAAGCAAGAGCCGCAGUCGGCUCCUUCGUCACCCAUGUCCUGCAUGAUGAACAACGGCGGUGGCAACGCCAUGUUGGACUAUCCUGCGCUCCUCGAAGAACUGGUGAAUGUGACUAAGAACUGCGUCGCGUCUCCCCCGCGCUCGGCGCCCACGGCGAUAGCCACCACAGCGCCGGCACCGACUGCGAUUGGGAACACUGCUUCCGCGGCGAUGGUGGCUCAGCCGGGCAGCCCCAGCAUGUACGACGAACCAUGCGCUGGAUUAGUGCGCUGCAACGGCAACGCUGCCAUGGCGUACGCACCAGCCAAGACGUGCCGUCCUCCGCCGCCCUCGUACGACCAGCGGCUCGCCAUCAAGACUGAGGACUGUGCAGAAAGUGACGCGGCCGCGGAUUGUUGCACGUCACUGUCAGCAGACAAGCUGGACCAGCUUCGACUGCUCGCCAUGCAGCAGGCUGCUAAGGACAUCGACGUCGCCUGCCAGAUCCUCAACAUCUCACCGAAUCCCUAUCAGUGGAGUGUGGCUAAUGUCCACUCGUGGCUGGUGUGGACUCAGCAGCAGUACGGCUGCCCGUCCUUCAGGACCGACUACUUCAACAUGAACGGCGCCGCACUGUGUUCCCUCAGCGAGGAAGACUUCAGAAUCCGUGCCCCAGGAUCGGGCGACAUCUUCAGCGCACAGCUCGAAAUAUGGAAGUCUGCCGCGCACCUGCGGACGUCCGAACAAAAUCAUCAGCAGCCAGGGCAACGGUCGACGCAUUUCUGCCCCGAAGACAGCGUGCUCGACCUGGCCAGUCUUCUGGGCCAAACCAUCUCGGGCAGCGGGACGCCGGACGCCUCGCCGCCCCUCAGCCACCACAGCGACAGCCACAGUGACGCCGCGCACAGCGACGACGACGCCAGCGACACGAGCAGUGACAUUGCCGAGCGCUGCCUGGGUGCCACCGGCGUCGCCCUGACGUCAGGUGCCGCCACCCGCGCCCCUUCGUCGUCUCACAUCCACCUGUGGCAGUUCCUGAAGGAGCUUCUGUCGCAGCCGCAGCUGUACGGCAGUUGCAUCCGCUGGCUGGACCGCAACCGGGGCGUCUUCAAGAUCGAAGACUCGGUGCGCGUGGCGCGGCUCUGGGGCAAGCGCAAGAACAGGCCGGCCAUGAACUACGACAAGCUGAGCCGCUCCAUCCGCCAGUACUACAAGAAGGGCAUCAUGAAGAAGACGGAGCGCUCGCAGCGGCUCGUGUACCAGUUCUGCACGCCCUACAGCUGUUGAUGAUCCCGGUUCCCUGUAAGGGCGGCCCGACCCGACCAGGCUUUCUCAGCUGGUUCUGGGCCUCGGUCGGUGCAUUCGUGGCCGCCUGGGUUCCCCCCCAAAAAACGAAACGCAAACAGUGUGCGUUGUACCGUGUUUGUCGCAUAUUUCUCUUCGAAAUACUUUACUGCCCUGUCGCCUUCUUCCCCUUUGCUUCUCUCGCACCCCUGCUGCUAUAUUGUUGUUUUUUUUUCUCCAAAGUUUCAGUAUUGUGUUGAAUACAGUGCCUACGCCGUGGGCAUAACGUGUAUCGAGGCUUACAGUGGAUGUGAAAAUCCCGGAGAAACACUAGUCGCAUUCUCAGUAGCGACCGUAUGAAUGUGCACAACACUUUAGUUAAAUUACAAUCCGCAAAAGCAAAGAAAAAACAAUGAAAGCAAAGAAGGAAACCUGAAUGUGAAAAUUCAAAGAUGAUGGUUGACCGCCACGACGAAUAAGCUGAUAGUGUUUCGAAAUUUCGGGACACAAAGCCCAUAAACUAGCAGUUAGAAGCUUCACUUGUUUUAGCCAGAAUAUAUUUAUUCGCACCACCGUUAAAAUCAGGUCUUUUGAACCCGCACGAGUUAACAACACAUGCAAGAACAGGUUAUAUAUAAAAAAAGGUGAUGCUGCUGUGAUGGGCAUGUGUUCUCUGGAGGUUGUUUUCGUUCUGUACACAGAAGCAGGCACACUUAAGCCAGUGACAACUUGGACGUCUUUUUUGUCUAAAGUGUGGCCUCGCUUUCGACGUCCUUCUUCCCUUCCCGCAGUUUUCCAGCUUUGCUGUUGCUGCUACUCGCUUCCUUUUCCCUCUGAACCCCACAACAUUCCCGGCUGGUCCGGGAUUGUAUGGUGGAUGCUUUCCAUCUCUCUAAGCGUGCAUGCUGAGGUCUUCCUGCGCCGGCGAUCUGCUCGCGACGCUUUUUAUUUUUUUACUGCUUCUAUCAAGCACUUCUGUUUUUUUACUCAAAUGAUGUGUCCUCUGUUUGCAGUUGUUCAGUGUGUUUUUUUAUACAAUUUUUUCUUUGCAUUCCAGUUAUUUAUUUGUUCGCGCCACGAACUAUUGAUUGUGCGGACACACACACACACUUAUUACACAUGGAUCUCGUGUUUGUUGUGACACACACAACCGGUGGUGAUGUUAGUGGACGGUGAUCUGAAACAAAAAAGAGGGAAGACUGUGCCGGACUUUACUUAAUUGUGUGCUCUCCUGUUUGUUUUAAAUUUUUUUGAAGGAAACUACCAGUGAGUCACACGAGCGUUUUCUUUUGUUUCUGAAGACAGUAAAAUGUCUAUCUCGCUCACGAAAAGAGGUUGUUGGAAAUAGAGGAACAAGUGGAUGUUGUCCUCGUUCAUUGUGCUUUAUAUAUUAUUUCAUGUUUUUUGUUUUAAAGCUACGUGUUGAAGUCGCAUCCUUCGUUCUCUCGAACAUCUUACUAUUUAUUUCCUCCCCAUCAAUCGGUCAGACCUCGCAUAGGUGUCAAAAUCCGCCGCGCAAUUCAUCGCCUCCACAUUGUACAUUUCCCCGUGCCGCCGCUCUAUUGGUAUUUCUUCAAAUAUGUUGCGUGAAAUCUAAUACGACGAGAUGAAAGAUUAGCGCCGUAUCGCGCUUCUUGCCGCCUACAGUACGUCUCGCCUGUCUGACAGCCGACGCAAGCAGACCUCACCAUGAACGCCGUGUAUUCUUAUAUGUGCGUUUUUUUUUCUUUCUAAAUGUGUGUCAGCUUCCCCAUUGCCGCGUACUUCGUCAAAAGAAAAAAAAUGUGCCUUUCGCCGACGCGACGAGUGGGACUGGGUUGUGACGUCGGGGAUGACGUUGGGCGCAGCCCGUUGCGGGAGUUACUCGCGGUAAAUGACGCGGUUGCCUCGGCCGUCCAUUCCCCCGCGUUGGUGCUCGGUCCUUCUACAGGGAGUCCCUCGAUCCCAGAGGCCAGCGGUCGCGCCCUAUGUGGGGAUGCGUAUCGCCCUGAGAUGGCGCUGGGGAAAAAUCGAGUCCCGUCUCCCCCACCUCGGCGUUUAGGCGAGAGUGAAAUCCCGUAUAUCCGUGAUAUGACGGGCAGUAUGUUCUAAGAACAACCCCUCCCCCCAUCCCCCUCCCCCAUUUUUAAUAUAUUAUCAAGGUAUCGUCGCAGUGUUGCUGUGAAUCAGUGUAUGGUGAAAGAGGUUGGGUUUCGCUGAGGUGUUUUGUUUUUUAUUGCUCUCGCUCUCUUUUGAAAAAAAAAAGUUAUUGUACACUGUUCUUUUUGUUGUAGAGUUCCUGUGAAAUUGUUGCUCUCCCUCUCUCACUCCGUUUGUCAAAUUGUGCCACGUGGAUUUAAUUAAGAAGAACCUUCGCAACCUGUGGAGAAACGUUGAUUUCUGUAAAAACAAAAAAAAAAGGAAAUGAUUCAUCAGAUAGCAAAGAAAGGGCAAAAUUUCAGUGACACACCCUAAUGGACACCACACCCUGGUGAUACGGUUAGUCAUUACCUUAAACAUAAUUAACUCGGUCCAAAUGCUGAAAGUUUAUUUGUUCAGAAAAAAAAGUAUUCUACGAGCCUCCAGUUUUGUUUGCAUGCCUGUAGGUACGUGCUUUUUAAUAUGUGUAAAUCUGUGUGAUUUGAACGUUUAAAAAUUGUCACUCUGGUAAGAUCAAGCCAUCAGUCCAUAUUACAUUAGAUUUCUUGAGAUGACCUUCCUAUGUUAUUAUACGGUAUUUGGUCUUUGACUGAAACAUUUAUUUUUUUUUUCUUGCUGAGGCCACUUAUGUACAAAGUUUGUCAGUGUACUUCCGUCUCGACUCGUGCCUUCAUGCUUCUUGUGCCUUGUGCGUGUGUACCACUGUUUCUUUGUUAUUGCGUACAAUCGCCCACCAGCGUCUCUGGUUACCUUGACAGAUUUGUCAAUGUUAACUUGAAGACAGCUUGGGAAAGGCUCGCUUCGCUUGUUCAUCUUGCCCGCUCGUAUAGCGAUAUACGAAGCGAGCAACAUGCCACGUUAACUUGUUAUCACCGUAUGUAUUGUCUAUCACGGCGGUAAAUUUUUUGUCCAUUUCGGCACAAUUGUACAGUGCAUCUACACAAUUAUUUUAUUUACUCGACACAAUUCUGCUUCAACAUUGCUUUGACAGCGUCUGUCGCUUGUACUGGAGGUUGUGUUUCGAGUUCGAAAUAAACUCCCCUGUUUAAAAACUUA